AUGGGAAAGGGGAAAGAUUUGGGUGCUAUGGGCUGUUACAUGAACAUAACAACCAUUACACUAUGGAAACCAGGAUAUGGCUGUACAGAUAUAUUUCCCUCAGAUGUCAUUUCAGAAAAGCUAAAUUUAGGUUGGAGAGCUGGUUUAGCAGAAAAGUAUUGGUGGUCAGCGUCCUCACCUUGUUCAGGAGCCCGCGCCUCACUGCGCGCUGCCGCUUUUCCUCCGCCCGGCCCUGCAGCUGCCCACUGCCCUCCGCCCACCACGGCCCUGCUGCACUCCGGCCGUGUCCUCUCCGGCGUGGCUGCCGCCUUCCACCCAGGCCUGGCCGCCGCAGCCUCCGCCAGAGCCAGCUCCUGGUGGGCCCACGUAGAAAUGGGUCCUCCAGAUCCCAUCCUGGGAGUCACUGAGGCCUACAAGAGAGACACCAACAGCAAAAAGAUGAACCUGGGAGUUGGUGCCUACCGGGAUGAUAAUGGAAAGCCUUACGUGCUACCUAGUGUCCGGAAGGCAGAGGCCCAGAUUGCUGCAAAAAAUUUGGACAAAGAAUACCUGCCCAUCGGGGGGCUGGCAGAAUUUUGUAAGGCAUCUGCAGAGCUGGCCCUGGGUGAAAACAACGAGGUGUUGAAAAGUGGCCGGUUUGUCACUGUACAGACCAUUUCUGGAACUGGGACCUUAAGGAUCGGAGCCAGUUUUCUGCAAAGAUUUUUCAAGUUCAGCCGAGAUGUCUUUCUGCCCAAACCAUCCUGGGGCAAUCACACACCCAUCUUCAGAGAUGCCGGAAUGCAGCUGCAAGGUUAUCGAUACUAUGACCCCAAGACUUGUGGGUUUGACUUCACGGGUGCCAUGGAGGACAUUUCAAAAAUGCCAGAGCAGAGUGUUCUCCUGCUGCAUGCCUGUGCCCACAACCCCACAGGAGUGGACCCGCGUCCAGAGCAGUGGAAGGAAAUGGCAACAGUGGUGAAGAAAAAGAAUCUCUUUGCCUUCUUUGACAUGGCCUACCAAGGCUUCGCCAGCGGGGAUGGCAACAAGGACGCUUGGGCUGUGCGCCACUUCAUCGAACAGGGCAUAAAUGUUUGCCUCUGCCAGUCAUACGCCAAGAACAUGGGCUUAUAUGGUGAGCGCGUGGGAGCCUUCACUGUGAUUUGCAAAGAUGCAGAUGAAGCCAAAAGGGUGGAGUCACAGCUGAAGAUCUUGAUUCGCCCCAUGUAUUCCAACCCUCCUCUCAAUGGUGCCCGCAUCGCCUCUACCAUCCUGACCCCGGAUUUGCGAAAGCAAUGGCUACAAGAAGUGAAGGGCAUGGCUGACCGCAUUAUUAGCAUGCGGACCCAGCUGGUCUCCAACCUCAAGAAGGAGGGCUCCACCCACAACUGGCAACACAUCACCGACCAGAUCGGCAUGUUUCGUUUCACUGGCCUAAAACCUGAGCAGGUGGAGCGGCUGACCAAGGAAUUCUCUGUGUACAUGACAAAGGAUGGCCGUAUCUCUGUGGCAGGGGUCACCUCUGGCAAUGUGGGCUACCUUGCCCAUGCCAUUCACCAGGUCACAAAGUAAUUCUCUGCAUACCAGGGAACAGAGACAACCUUUCCUUCAGCCUCUGCUAUUGUGAGAUUCACAUGCAGGAUGAGGGAGGGUGGAUGGUGGUAAGCGGAUCAUUUCUUUCAGGCACAGUGCCUAACACCCAGCGAUUGAAUGCGUUCCUCAGACAAGAGCAGGUAGUGAAGUAGGGCAGAGCUUCCACGGCUGAAAUUUGGAACUUGGAUGGCUCUAAACCAAACUCUCGCCCAUCAUUUUGUCUCCAACUUUUCUGAAUGUGUUUACACCUCAAGAAAGUCACAGCACCAAAAAACUUGCUGGUCACGACCCUGCAAUAUUUCAGAGCUUUAACGGAAGCAUCAGCAGUGUUACAAGUUGCUCCGUGGAUCAGUUAAGAGGUAGCUCGUUAUUAGAGGCUGUGGGAGAAAACCUCGUUUUGUCCCUAACAGUCGUCCUUGUGUGUCCUCCCCACAUGGAGCAGCUGUAUCCACAGACCACCUUCCAGAAAUGAUGCUUUACCAAAACCAAUGGGUCUGUUGCCAUUGCAGCAAGGAGAAUAGAUUCUAUAUUGUGUCUGACUUGACAAAAGGAGAAAGAAGGUUUUCCUUUUGUGUUUUGUUCUGUUCUUCAGGCUCAGAGAUCUAUAGCCUAGAUGUUCAUGAUCAUCAACCCCACCCUAUCAGGAUUUAACAGUGGAGAACAUUUUUCUGUUCAUGCCAUACCAUCUCCUUUCUCAGUGGAGAGUAGGUACCUGUACUUUAUUUCAGCAUCUUUAAUGAUCGUGUGAUUAGUUUCUACUGGGAUGGGGCCUCUGCCCAGCUGGACUUCCUCCGUUCUUCUCGGCUGCACACAGCCUGUCAGCUCGCAUGAGCCAGGCAGUGCAGGGUAGGGUCAGGAAGGAGUAUCUAGGAUUCGUGCUGCCAGCCCAGCUCAGACUCCACCCUUUGGAAAGAUAACCACCAUCUGCUCUGAUCAUGUAGACUUACUGCCCCCUGGUUUCUCUGUUACAAUAAAAUACUGUAGAACCAAAAAAAAAA